CCAAAAUUGUCAAAAUGUGAAAAAAGAAGAAGAAACAGCGGCGGAUGCGUUUUGCAGAGAUUUUGCAUUUUUAUUUCAUAUUAACUAACAAUAGUUUAUACAGUAUAAUCUAGCACAUUAUUCAGUGAUCCUUCCACAAAAUGGCUGACGACGAAGCACCAUCGGACAGCAGCCUGCUAGUAAUAAUUGUUGACACAAACCCCAACCAGCGAUACAUCACAGAGGACCCAAAAGUGCUGACAGGGUGUCUGGACGCUGUCAUAGCGUUUGCCAACUCACACUUGAUGCAAAAGGCUCUGAAUCAACUCGCUGUUAUUGGCUGCCAUUUUCAUAAAAGUGAAUAUCUGUACCCUGCACCUGGAAAACCAUUGGAUGUCAGACAAAUUGAUGGACAGUAUGAAGUAUUUACAUUAGUUGAGAAAACAGUAAAAUCCAGACUGGUAAAUCUAAUCAAAAGUCAACCUCAGGAAGAGAAACCUGGGGAAUCUUUGAUAGCAGGAGCUCUAGCGAUGGCACUAUGUUUCAUAGCAAGAAUGCGACGCGAAUCUCCACCAGGUUUACGUCUAAGCAGCCGCGUGCUCAUAGUGACGGGCAGCUCAGACACCGCGGCCCAGUAUAUCAACUAUAUGAACGUUUUCUUCACAGCACAGAAACAGCAAGUGCUAAUCGACGUGUGCUCGCUGGACAAGCACCUGAGUCUACUCCAGCAGGGCUGCGACAUCACUGGGGGUCUUUACCUCCUGGUGCCCUCGCUAGAAGGCCUGCUGCAGUAUCUGCUGUGGGUGUUCCUUCCUGAGGCGUCAGAGCGCGCGAAACUGGUGCUGCCUGGUCGCGGUCGGGUCGACUACCGCGCGGCUUGCUUCUGUCACCGCGAGCUGCUGACCAUCGGCUACGUCUGCUCCGUCUGCCUCAGCGUGUUCUGCAAAUUCAGUCCAAUCUGCACGACUUGCCAUACCGUGUUCAAGAUCGGAGGACCUCUGCCCAUCAAGCCGAAAAAGAAGAAGAUGAAAGUGUAAUCCUUACUUAUUACCGUGUUCAAGAUCGGAGGACCUCUGCCCAUCAAGCCGAAAAAGAAGAAGAUGAAAGUGUAAUCCUUACUUAUGUACGUAACUGAUAUUUGUAAAUAAUAUAGGUGAUAAGCUAUUUUUACUUGACUUGUUUUUUUUUAUCGAAAUCAUUUUUCAUAGUUUUUUAUAUUCACUGGUUGUGUGUCCACUGCUGGUUCAAAAGCUUCUUUCUUUUCCUCUUUGAAGCUAAAAUGAUGACUGAGAAUAAUUACACAUAAUUACGUCGAUUAAAAAUUAAAAUGCGUCCAGUAUAGGUCGCUCAAC